AUGGCCGGUGUUGCAGGAAAUAACGAAACCUUUCAUAAUGUAUCACCAUUUCUUGUUGAAAAAGGAAUUACAGGAUCACUCGGAGAAGUCGCAUCAACUCGAAAACUUCGCUCUGGAGACCUGCUUGUGGAGGUGAAAACCCGCAAGCAAGCCCAACAGAUACUAAAAUUAUCAACUCUGGCUACUAUAACAGUAAGUGUAAGUUCUCAUACAGCACUUAAUUCUUCGAAGGGCGUUAUAACUUGUGGCGAGUUAUUUAACGAUUCCCUAGAAAAAAUUACCCAUGAAUUGAAACCUGAAGGAGUGACGCAUGCACGUCGUAUAACCAUUAGGCGGGAUGGACAACUCCUUCCCACAAAGCACUUUAUCCUAACUUUUAAUAGACCAAAAAUACCAGAACGUGUAAAAGUCGGCUACAUGAAAUUAGCCGUCAGGCCAUACAUUCCGAAUCCUCUCCGUUGCUUUCAGUGCCAGCGUUUCGGCCAUUCGAAGGCCAACUGCCGCGGGACUCUCACUUGCGCCCGCUGUGCGGAAAAAAAUCAUGAUAGCCAGCAAUGUUCUGCACAAGAGAAAUGUGUUAACUGCGCCGGCAAUCAUAGUUCCUUUUCUCGAUCUUGCCCUCGUUGGUUAAUGGAAAAGCAAAUAGUAACGAUAAAAUUUAAAGAAAAUUUUCCCUACCCAGAAGCUAGGCGUAAAGUUAUUGGCCAGACACCAAAACCUGGUGUGACUUAUGCUUCAGCUGUUCGACAUUAA